ACUCCGGAAACGCGCCGCGGGGUUGCUGGGCGCGCUCGGGCGCGGCGCGGGGCCGGGACGCUUCCUGCCACGCGGGGCCUGCCUGGGCCGCCGCUGGGUCCGGGACAGCGCGCGGGGCCGGGUCCAACAGGUGGGCCCAGACCUGGCAGAGUAAUCGCUCGGCAUUGUCCUGUGACACCAUGAGUCAUCCCUGCGUGUCUCUUCUGGCUCCGCCUGCUCCCCAAGGCCUUACCCUUCCCCAGGACGGAGCCCCAGGAUACCAGGUCCUCACAGCCCCCGUUGAGAUGCUGGAGGCCCAGGAUUCAGUGACAUUUGACGAUGUGACACUGUACCUCACCAAAAAGGAGUGGUUGAGGCCGGAGCCAGAGCAGAGGACGCUGGAGUAUUAUGGGAAUGUGACCUCCGUGGGUGUUCCCGCGUUGAAUCCUGCACUGGUCUCUCACCUGGCCCCAGGACAGGUGCUGCUGGUGUCAGAGCCACCCCUCCAGGUGGAUGAAGCCGAGCGGUCAGAAAGUGUCUCGGUGACCCACCAGAAGACUAUCGGAGAAGACACCCAGCCCCAGGAGAUGGCAUCCACAAGCUCCCCCAGGACUGGUGACCCCAGCCCCGAGGUCACACAGAAUGGGGGGUCGGUGGGGCGGUCGGGGAGCCUGCAAGAUGUGCCUGUCGAGCAUCACUUUGCGUGCAAAGAGUGUGGAGACGCCUUUAGGCUGAAAGUCCUCCUUGUCCAGCACCAGAGGAUUCACAGUGAGGAGAAGGGCUGGCAAUGUGGCGAUUGUGGGCAGAUCUUCAGGGGGGUCUCGGCGUUUAACGAGCACAGGAAAAUUCACGCGGUGGUGGAGCCUCGGCCUGGCCCGAGCCGGGCCCCGGAAGAGGCCGUGGAGAAGGGGGAGCAGCUGGAGAGGGAGGCAAAGCCCUUUAAGUGCGAGGAGUGCGGGAAGAGGUUCAAGAAGAACGCGGGCCUGAGCCAGCACCUACGGGUGCACAGCCGAGAGAAGCCCUUCGACUGCACCAAGUGUGGGCGCUCCUUCAAAGUCAGUGCCCAGCUCUUCCGGCAUCAGAAGCUCCACACGAUGGCGGCCAAGCCCUUCGCCUGCGAGGUCUGCAGCAGGGAUUUCCUGGACUGCCAGGAGCUCCUCAAACACCAGCAGACCCACCCCGGCCACCUGCCCCUCAACGGCGACGACCGCAGCAAGUCCUUCCGGGGGGUCCUCGGGCUGGCCGAGCACCAGUGCGUCCACAGCGGGGCCAAGCCGUACGGCUGCACCCAGUGCAGCAAGCUGUUCCGGCGGAGCUCCGAGCUCACCAAGCACCGGCGGGUGCACACGGGCGAGAAGCCCUACGAGUGCCCGCAGUGUGGCAAGGCCUUCCGGCAGAGCUCCAGCCUCCUGGAGCACCAGCGCACGCACAUCGGGGAGAGGCCCUACGAGUGCGGGGAGUGCGGCAAGGCCUUCAGGGGCCCCUCCGACCUCGUCAAGCACCGGCGGAUCCACAGCGGACUGAAGCCCUACGAGUGUGACAGCUGCGGGAAGGCCUUCCGGAGGAGCUCCGGCCUCAGUCGCCACCGCAGGACCCACAGCGGGGCCCGGCGCUGCGAGUGCACCGAGUGCGGCCGCGUCUUCAAGAGGCGAUCCGCUCUGCAGAAGCAUCAGCCCACCCACGGGUAGCCAGGCCCCGGGUCCCCUCCCUGGCCCGGCUGGCCGUCGGGGGCCUCCUGCAGCGGGUGGUGCCCCCGGAGGGGCCUGGCGGAGUCGAUAGGCGAUGGUGGUUUUGUAGCGCUUGUAUGUUUGUACUGUCCGAAAGGUCGAAACCGAUCUCGACUGCCACCAGCAAUUUCUAAGCGUCCGUUGUUUUUCGUUCGACCUAAAUCAAGAGCAGCUUUGGCUACUUUAAUUUAUUUUGGCUAGUUUAACUGGCAGCAAGUACCUUCGAACUAGGCAUGCCUUGAAUUUGAGGAGAACCAUCUGCCGGGGAUGGUUUACUCCGCAUUCCCCCUCCUUCAGGAAACUGAAGGACCAGAGCUAUUAUGGGCAUUUGAGAAUAGGAGUUCCAAGUCAGCCAGGCCAGGGCCCCAGGCCUGGGGGGGUCGCCUUGGGCAAGUUCACGUCAAGGCCCAAGCACAAGGCAGCCCCCCGGGUAGUGAGGUGGAUCCCUGCUUUCCCAAAGAUGGCCCCCGAUUGUUUUGGCCUACCCAGAUUUAUAAAGUUUUAGGGAUGUAAAUAAAAGAGUCAAAUGUCCUGUUAAUAUUUAAUUUAUUAACCUAGUUAUACAUACAUAUUGUAAAUCACAUAUUAAAUAUAAUAAUAUAUUAAUUUAGAAAGCUGCCCUUUCUCCCACUCUCCAUUCCAUGAAAUAGUUUCAUUCUAACUCCUCACUUGCCUUUUUGACUUCUCCGUCUUCACCAAUGACGGGCCCAUUUUUGUGUCAUCCACUAGUUCCCAAGGACAUCAAAUUCGCGUCCGUCUGAGCUGUUGGUGAUGCAACACUGUGACAAUCUCUGUACGAAGUUCUCCCUGGAAAUUUUCUCCUAAGCCAUAAGUACAUGUUCAUGUUACAGGAGAACAAUUUUUUGGGGGGUGAGGGGUGGUUUUGUUUUGUUUUGUUUUGUUUUUAAGUUUGUCCUGUGGCCCUACUGCUUAAUGUGUUGCUUUUUAAAGUGACCUUUAAAAGGCCUGCAUAAAGCACAUAAAACAUGUAGUCGCCAGGUCAGACUCUUCGGAAUAAUUACUGAAUCAGGUUCAGUUCAUUUCUUUGGCGUCCUUUUCAAUUAAACCAAUACACUCUGGUGUUCCCUCCACAUAUCCAGAACUAGUGUUUGUUUGGGGCUCAUUUCCUCAGACAGUACUUUUUUGUUCAAGAUAAAGUAGUUGAGAGAGCAUCCCGUGCUGGGGACUUCUUUGGAACUCAAGUAUCUGCCGAUGACCCUUUUUCUGAGAGAAGUUUGGGAACAAGAGCUUCUCCUCAUAUCAGCACAGAUGGUACUUCCAGAACCCUCCGUCUCCUCUGUAAAAUGGGGGUGAUCACAGUGCCUAUCUCCUAAGGUAAUUGUGAGGAUGCAGCGCCUGGCAGCGAGGUGACGCUCGGUGACAAUCUACCACUGUUAUCAUCAUAGUUACUGCUCUCGCUGCCCAGCUCAUUCGUUCCAGAGCUGGGGGCAUACCCCAGGCCCCCUGACUCCUAGUCUCAUCAUCUUUCUCCUAACCGUCCCCUCCCCAACCUUUCAUGUAAUGACUUAAGAGAUAACCGUUCCCUUUUCUUGCAUGCAAAUCCUACAUUUGUCUCCUUCGAUGAGUUAUCAGAUUACCUUUGGAUAUAAUGACUUUGUACGGCAGUUCUUCACAUGUCAAUUUUGACGGUCUCUUCCAAUUUUAUUGCUCUGCCCUUUGUAGCCGUUUUAUUACAUGUUUGUUGUGCAAGCUUUCAA